AUGAUAUCAUCAAUUUAUAUUUUUAAAAUUUUAUUAUCAUAUUUGGGUGUAGAAUAUGAAAUAAAUCAAUUAAGUGAAAUUAACCAAGAAUUUACAAAUAAAUUGGAAUCAUAUAAUCAAUUUAUAAAACAUACACAAAAAGAUGAAGAUUAUUUAUUGGGCCAAUCUGCUGUCAUUUCUAGAUAUAUUUCAAAUAAUCAUAAUUUUUCUGGUAAAUCAUUACAAGAAAGCGCUCGUGUUGAUGAUAUUGUAGAAUCAGUUUUAGAAAUAAUUGAAGAAUAUGUUUUACCAAUUAUUAAUUCAAAUAUUAUUAAUGAAGAAAUUACAAAAUUAUUAUGUACACAUUUCAAUGAUUUCGAAAAUCAAUUAUCAAAAUCAACAUUUUCAGCACCGGCGAUAGUACAACCUUGGCUGAUUUAUAUUUAUUUAUUUUAUACGAUAUAACUUUAAGAUACUUGGAAAAUCAUGGUCAUUUGGCACAUCAUUUUAAUGAAAAAUAUCCACAUCUUGAAAGAUUAAAACUACAUUUCCUAUCAAAUAAAUCAGUUUCUGAAUUUAUUAAUAGUAAUAAUAUAAAUUCUCAAUCUUCACAACUAAUAAUUUAA